AUGACCUCGCGACAUAUUUCGCACAUUCGGAACUGGCUCUGGUCCUCUCCGCCCGCGGAAUGGGCAUUGAACCAGCUGCGUGAACUGCUCAUUGGAGCCCUACGACAGGGCCCUGUCCCCAAACAUGUGGCAUUCGUGAUGGACGGGAACCGGAGGUUUGCAAAGAGACACAGGAUAGAGACUGUGGAGGGACAUAAUUUGGGGUUCGAGGCAUUGGCUAAGAUUCUCGAAGUAUGCUACAAAUCCGGGGUCACCCAUGUCACGAUCUACGCCUUCAGUAUUGAGAACUUCAAACGGUCGAAAUACGAAGUCGACGCCUUGAUGGACAUGGCCAAGAUCAAACUGAAGCAACUCGUCGAGCACGGCGACCUGCUCGAUCGAUACGGCGCAAGCAUUCGCAUCCUAGGCCAACGGGAACUAAUCAAGCCCGACGUCCUGGAGGUCGUGGAUCAGGCGGUCAGCAUGACUUCGGGGAACAACAACUGUGUGCUGAACGUGUGUUUCCCAUAUACCAGUCGAGAAGAGAUCACCUCGGCCAUUCGAGAAACAGUGGAAGAGUUCAGUCAUCCUAUACCUGCAGAAGGUGCAGACAAGGAGCGGACAAGCACAUUCAAAGAAGAGCGAAUAGCGCAUACAAUCCGCUCGCAACAGUUCAGUCAGCACACGAACUCAGAUGCGGCAUACACACAGGCGCCGGGACUGCGGUCGCCUUCUUCAAGCACGACCUCUCUCUCAUCAUACUCGCAAGAUGCCUCCGAACGCGACACAUCCUCCGUAUCCACCUCCACCACGCUCCAUCCUGACGGCUAUUCUGAUACCGCAUCUCCUUUCCCCGAGCCUACGUCUGGAGUUACUCAGACCUCACCAUCUAAAGGCUCUCAGGGCCAUCAACAAAAUUCUACCUAUCCCUCCCCUGAGCUGAUCACCCCCGAUACGCUCAGCGCGCACAUGUACACCGCGGGUGAUCCGCCGGUAGACCUCCUCGUCCGUACCAGCGGCGUAAGUCGACUCUCGGAUUUCAUGCUGUGGCAGUGCCAUCAGGACACGCAGAUCGUCUUCCUGGACGUGCUGUGGCCGGACUUUGAUCUGUGGAGUUUCCUGCCCGUGCUAUGGGAGUGGCAGUGGCGUACGAUCAAAGCCGAGCAAUGGGACAACGACCAGGAGAGCAAGGAACAGCGAUCGGAAAGGGCUGCGGCGAGAAAGAAACCCUUGAAACAUGCUGCACGAACGUCGACGGGUAUACCGCCUACCAGAGGCUCCAAAGUGCAUGCCGCUUGA